AUGGCACAAUACGCAGGAGAUCAAAAAUACGGAAGAGAAGGUCAGCAAACAGAUGAGUAUGGUAACCAUGUUCUGAAAACUGAUGAGUACGGAAAUCCACUUCACUCUAGCAUCCCUUUUACUAGUACGGGAGCAGGCAUUGGCACGGGAACUGGGACAGGCUACGAUCAAGAUGGCCACGAGAAGAAAGGGGUGAUGGAGAAGAUCAAAGAAAAGCUUCCCGGUGGUAAAAACACGGACGAGCAUCAAAGGGUGUCUACAACAAAGGCAGGUGGCUUUGCUGGUGGUUAUGGGGAAGGAGGGGAAACCCACGAGAAGAAAGGGGUGAUGGAGAAGAUUAAAGAAAAGCUUCCCGGUGGUCACAACACGGUCGAGCAUCAAAGGGUGUCCACGACAAUGGCAGGCGGUGUUGGUGGCAGUUAUGUGGAAGGAGGGGAAGCCCAUGAGAAGAAAGGGGUGAUGGAGAAGAUCAAAGAAAAACUUCCUGGAUGUCAUAAUACGAACGAGCAUCAAAGGGUGUCCACAACAACGACUGGAGGCCACCAUGGAGUUAGUGGCGGUUAUGUGGAAGGAGGGGAAACUCACGAGAAGAAAGGGGUGAUGGAGAAGAUAAAAGAAAAGCUUCCUGGUGGUCACAACACGGACGGGCAUCAAAGGGUCUCCACAACAACAGCAGGGGGUGUUGGUGGUGGUGGUUAUGGAGAAGGUAGGGAAACCCAUGCCAAGAAAGGGGUGAUCGAAAAUAUAAAAGAAAAGCUUCCCGGUGUUCACAGCACGAACGAGCAUCAAAGGGUGUCCACAACAACGGUAGGAGGACACAAUGGCGUUGGUGGCGGUUAUGUGGAAGGAGGGGAAACCCACGAGAAGAAAGGGGUGAUGGAGAAGAUAAAAGAAAAGCUUCCUGGUGGUCACAACACGGACGGACAUCAAAGGGUCUCCACAACAACAAUAGGCGGUGUUGGUGGUGGUGGUGGUUAUGGAGAAGGUAAGGAAACCCACGCCAAGAAAGGGGUGAUGGAAAAUAUAAAAGAAAAGCUUCCCGGAGUUCACAACACGAACGAGGAUCAUAAGGUAUCCACAACAACAACAAGAGGCCACAAUGGCAUUGGUGGCAGUUAUGUAGAAGGAGGGGAAACCCACGAGAAGAAAGGGGUAAUGGAGAAGAUCAAAGAAAAGCUUCCAGGUGAUCACAACACGGAUGGGCAUCAAAGUGUGUCCACGACAACAACAAGUGGCGUUGGUGGUGGUGGUUAUAUGGAAGGACGAGAAACCCAUGAGAAGAAAGGGGUGAUGGAGAAGAUCAAAGAGAAGCUUCCUGGACAUCAUUAG